AUGACAAUCAGCAGUGGAGGUUGGACCUGCUACUUCAUCAUGGGCAUGUCCUUCGGCGCUUCCACAGUCUUCAUCCCACAGAUCAGGAAGGAGGCCAACUCCGAUGAUGCUAUCAGUGAAUCUACUGCUUCUUGGAUACCUGCCAUUAUGGUCUACUCCGGCUUACCUUGGACGUGCAUCUUACCAAUCUUCAUGAAGUACAUCGGACGAAAAUACACCUUCAUGUUCGUCUCAGUCAGCAACUUGAUAAGUUUCAUCGUGUUUUACUUCAGUGUCACAGUCAAUCAGAUCAUCAUCAGCCAAGUGAUUAAUGGGAUCAAUACAGGAUCUCACUUCACUGUGUCAGUCAUGAUUAUCACUGAGUACACCUCACCCAAGCAUAGAGGAUUUUUCUUGACUGUGAAAUCUGCUACUCUCUUCUGGGGUAUUUUAAUGUCUAAUGCCAUUGGGACAUUCUUCCAUUGGAGGAACAUUGGUCUAGCUGGUAUCAUCUGCAGUGCUUACGGCCUGUUGAUAGCAAUUGUACUUCCUGAAUCACCAUUUUGGUUGGCAACGAAACAGCGUUUCGAAAGGGCUGCCGACACACAUAGAUGGAUGAUGGGAUUCGGUAAGCAAGCAGAAACAGACUUAGAAAAAUUAAUUAACUACCAAAAGAAUCUCAAUUUAGAAGCACAGCAGAACAAGUUCAGCUUGAAAGGAUACAUUAUCGGGUACUUGAAGAUAAUAUCUAAAAGACAGUUUUACAAGCCCUUGGUUUUGUGUCUGAUUGUGCAUUCUCUUUAUAUAUUCUCUGGUAAAGUAGUAUUUAGUGUGUAUGCUAUAGAUAUUAUUAGUAAAAUUACAGCUGGGCACCACAUAUCGCCUUAUACUGCUAUGUUGGUUCUCGACGGUGUCACUGUACUAUCAAAACAAGGAAUAUUCCCAAAUAAAACAUUCCCGACUCAAGAACAGACCUUCCAGCCCACUAUCAAUAAAACCACCACGCGGCUACUUCGUGUCACUGAUGCAUUUUCUAUUAUUAGAUUCAGUUGA